AGCUGCUCGAGGGGGCAGCUCCGCGCCGGGGCCGUUGGCUCCAGACAAAUAAACAUGGAGUCCAUCUUCCACGAGAAACAAGAAGGCUCACUUUGUGCUCAACAUUGCCUGAAUAAUCUAUUGCAAGGGGAGUAUUUUAGCCCUGUGGAGCUGUCCUCUAUUGCACACCAGCUUGAUGAAGAAGAAAGGAUGAGAAUGGCGGAAGGAGGAGUUACCAGUGAAGACUACCGCACAUUUUUGCAGCAGCCUUCUGGAAAUAUGGACGACAGCGGCUUUUUCUCUAUCCAGGUUAUAAGCAAUGCCUUGAAAGUUUGGGGUUUAGAACUAAUCCUAUUCAACAGUCCAGAGUACCAGAGGCUCAGAAUUGAUCCUAUAAAUGAAAGAUCCUUUAUAUGCAAUUAUAAAGAGCACUGGUUUACAGUUAGAAAAUUAGGAAAACAUUUUUUUCUAGUGGUUAACUUGAAUUCUCUCCUGACGGGUCCAGAAUUAAUAUCAGAUACGUACCUCGCACUAUUCUUGGCUCAAUUACAGCAAGAAGGUUAUUCUAUAUUUGUUGUUAAGGGUGAUCUGCCAGACUGCGAAGCUGACCAACUUUUGCAGAUGAUCAAGGUCCAACAGAUGCAUCGACCAAAACUUAUUGGAGAAGAAUUGGCACAACUGAAAGAACAGAGUGUUCUUAAAGCAGAUCUGGAACGAGUCUUAGAGGCGGCCGACGGGGCGGGGGUGUUGGAUGAAGAUGAGGAUGAUUUGCAGAGGGCUCUAGCAAUAAGUCGCCAGGAAAUCGACAUGGAGGAUGAAGAAGCUGAUCUCCGCAGGGCCAUUCAGCUCAGUAUGCAAGGUAGUUCCAGAAAUAUGUCUCAAGAUAGUCCACAGACAUCAAGUACCAAUCUUACUUCAGAAGAGCUGCGGAAGAGGAGAGAAGCCUACUUUGAAAAGCAACAUCAGCCAGAGAUAGACCAACCUAGGCAGCUUUCUUACCCUUGUGAAAGACCGACCACAAGUUCAGGAGGACUUGGGAACAGCCAAGCAGGUGAUGCUGCGAGUGAAGAAGACAUACUUCGGGCAACUGUGACCAUGUCUUUAGAAACUGCUAAAGAUAAUUUGAAAGCAGAAAGAAAAAAAUAAUACCUUUAAAAUCAUUUUGCUACUCUUGCUUUCUAACAUUGUCUGUGUGGUUACAGUGUAAGGUCCAUUUUGGCAGUGGGUCCCUGGAAGAGAUGCGACCCUUCGGUGGUUUACAAGCAAAUGAUAGAAAGCCAGAAACGUGUCAUAGGACUGAGUACUGAUCAGAUACUAGCCAAAGAGGCAGUCAGCAGCUAAAGAAAUUUAAGGUAGUUUUCUAAAUGUCCCUUUUUGCUUUUCAAGUGUGCAAUAUCUAACUGAAAUUAGGGAGUUUUUCUUGGCUUUUUGUGGACCAACUAAUUAGCUCUUGCAUUGGACUUGAUUUUUAAUUUUGUUUUUAUUUUCUCUAUGCAUUGGAAGUGGCUUGGCUCACUUGAACUUCUGUUUCAUAUUAGACCAACUUUCUAUGGAAAUGUCUUUUAUCUGUCUUGUUACAGAAAGCUAACCCUGUCUUCUGUGUGUGUGUGUGUGUGUGUGUGUGUGUGUGUGUGUGUGUGUGUGGCACAUGGAUGCUUCCUUGGGGGUAUUCUGGUUUUGGUUGUUCCCCCACAACUCAACAUGGCAGUCUGUUCUGAGCUUUGUCUUUUUAAGGCCUCUCGCUGCAGUGUGUUUUUAUACUCUGAAGUCAGCACUGCUCGAGUAUUGAGUCUAGAUGAGCUGGGUUUGUGUGAGCAUGUGCUUUCUGAUGCUUUGUGAAGGUUUUCAGUUGUGUCCCGGCUGACAUCUGCAGUCCUCCCUGCACCUGCACCAUAUUUCCUUUCUUUUUUGGUUGAGAAAAGGGAGAAGCGUAGGAUGCAAGCACAUUUCCUAUUUCUUAGCAGUGGCGCCAUGAAUGGACUGCAGGAUAAACUUGGCCUUCAGUGUUGGUGGCAGGUUUGUUUUAGUUUUUUCUUUUGUGACAGGAGCUUUGUGUUCUAUUUACAAUAAGUCCUGGAAUAUAGAUGCCUGCCUCAUUUUUUUAAAAGUAUAAUAUAGCCUGCCAGAAUGGUGGUCUAGAAUGUGAAAGUAAUCUACUAAUGAAAAUAUAUAAAUGUACUGUGGGUUGACCCUUCCAAUCAUGUUUAAAUUGUCAAGAAUUACAGAAGUCACAGUGGUCCUGUCUGUAGAUUUACAAAGGCCUUAGUUUUGAUAAGCAUUCUUUAAUUGAGAUGCACAGAGUCUUUCUGGGUCAGUACAUUGCUAUGAUUUGGGUAAAAAUAAUUUGGGUAAAAAUGUGUCUCAUGGGUGUCAUGGAUCCUGAUAUCUGCCCUCCCUCCCUCCCUCUCUCCCUCCUUCUUUCCCUCUUUCCUUCUCUGUCCUCUUUGGAGUGUUGACUUGUACAGUAAAAUCCAAGAAGAAUUUUUAGCCAACAGCUUAGGAAGGUGAAGAAAGACAUAUUGCUCUACUGGUGUGUGUUCUGCACACGUUUUAUCAGGGAAGUUUUUUGAUAUAGGAUUUAUUGUUGUCUAACUGCAAAAAAAUACAAAUAUUUUUAUUUGUGAUAAUGAAAUAGUUUCCUCUUAGAUAGGACAGAGUGUUUCAUUUGGCUGUGCUGGGGAUUGAACCCAGGGCCUCAUGUGUGUUGGGCAGGCACUCUACCUCUCAGCUAUAGCCCCAGUUCAAAAACGAGUGGGUUUUUUUUUUCUUAGUCAUUUUGUGCCAAGUAAAGUUUCUUUGGAGUUUUAUGAAAAAUUAGUCAGUCUUAUUUUAAAAUCUAUGAAGUUCUCUUUUAGUAAUUACAAAGGUCCAGAAUUGUGCAACGUUAGGGUGUUGUAAUGAAAACCUUUCUUAUGGUUCACAGUAAGUGUUAAACUGAAGUAUGUACCUAUCCCAUUGUGCCAGUCACAUUGUCUGAACAUUGGCCUUUUCUUUUUUCUCUGAAAAAUCACAGUGAACUUUCUAUACAGUUAGGUUGAUGAGCAACCUGGUUAAAAAAAAAAUUAGAAAGCCAAUAUGCAUUUCAGUUUUAACUUUAGAGUUUAUAAAACACUCAUAUAACAUCCUAGUUAAAUCACUUAUGAAAUACAUCAUGUUGAUAUUUUAUUGGAGACAUUUUAAAGAGAAACUGAGCAUACACUGAAUUUCUUUUGAGUGUAUUUUUUUUGUUUGUUAUGAAUAGUUUUAUUUGGCAAAGCAAAUCCAAAUCACCCUUGAGCUGCCAUUUCUUUUGGAUUGACCUAGGCUUACCUGAAUCUUUAGAUUUAAUUAUUAAUGAGUAUCCAGUAUGAAAAAUGCCAAUGCUUAUUAUAACCACAGUAUGCAAAAGUUUGUGAAGCUCUAGCGCAUACACCAGGAGCUGCCGUUUGCUGGACAUCACUGAAGGACAGUCGGGGGCAAGGGAAUCCACCGUCACAGUUGUGUUACGGACUUGACUGACAUUUCCAUUCUGUUUUUACCAAUUGGGAGCGCCUGAUGUUUCAUUUUUAAACUACUGGUAUCAUUCUUUUCUAAUGUGUAGCUUGUACUACCAGAUCAAAUAUGUACAGUUGUAAUUCUAGUGUCAUAAGCAACUGUGAGAACACUUUGGAAAGCCAGCCAUGGUAGUGCUCACCUUUAAUCCCAGCACUCAGGACGCAGAGGCCUGUAGAUCUCUCUUGAGUUCACGGCCAGCCUGGUCUACAUAGUGAGUUCUAAACCUGUUAGAGCUGCACAGUGAGACCUUGACUUA